CGGAAGGCCUCAGAAGCCAUUUUGACUCCCGUCCUCUGCCUGAAAAAGCCGCGCUUUCUGCCUCGAGCGCCACGAUGCAAGUCCCCAUUGGCUGUGACAAGGCUGAGCCACUUUGCAUAAGCCACCGUGCUCACCGGUCCGAUCCUCAGCCUUCCUGCACAUCUCUCUCCUCCCCAUCAUGUCGCCUACUUUCUUCGAUUCCUCCUGUAAAAGACAAAUAAAUGGCGACCAACGAUGAGAUAUCGUCAUUAUCGCGCGCUUCCACUGCUGUCAACCCGCGAUCUACGGCAGACCCCUUCAAAGCAGCACUUACGAAAUUUCGAUCGCGGCUCUCAGGUCAGCAACUCACGGAAUUCGAGAAUUCGACUUACGAAAACCUCUGUCAUGAGGUCAUCCGUAUUCAACAUGAACAAGAAGGCCUAAAGAAUAUGAUGAACUUGUCGCGACUUCAAUCAUGUCUCGAAGCACUGAACCAAUUCGGCAAGGUUAUUGAGGUCUUUUUGAACGUCUCCCGCACAGUUGCCUUCAUUUGGGGGCCCAUAAAGUUCUUGCUCCUGACUGCAAGCACCCUUGCCGACUCAUUCGAUACGUUGCUAGAUGCCUACGAACAGAUUGGCGAAUGCCUUCCACUAUUGUCGGAGUAUGAGAGCUUAUUCCGUCAAAACCCAUACAUGCUGCAGGCCCUGGAGCUAAUAUAUAUGGAUAUCCUGGAAUUUCAUCAACAUGCAUUACGAUUCUUCACGGGAAAAGUAUGGAAAAGAUUCUUUCGAUCUAUGUGGAACGACUUCGGAACAAAGUUCAAUGGCAUUUUGAAGAGCCUUGGCCGACACAAGCGGCUAAUUGAAACACGUGCGCACCUAAUUCACUUCCGCCAGUACCAAGAAGACAUCGAAGAAAUGAAUACUAAAUUAGAUCUUUUGGUAGCAGAAGAGCAGAACAAAAAAACAAAAGCGGUUAAGGAAUGGAUAGCAGCAGGCUCGCAGGCCAAGCUGGACCAUGAGAAGUUCUGUGAGGUCAGGAGCUCGUAUCCUACAACAGGGCUUUGGAUCCUCAGAAAUGAAUAUAUCAAGAACUGGAUGGACGCCGAAGUCCCAACAACUCCGCUAGCUUGGAUGACAGGAAUGCCAGGCGCUGGCAAGACUAUCCUCGCAUCUGUUAUCAUCGAGGAAUGCAAGCGGAGAAAACCCGUGCUGACCUCUUAUUUCUACUGUAAUUGCGACGGAGGGGGGAAUAGUUCGGCCGUGGGCGUUUUCAAAGGGCUUUUAGACCAACUCUUGGACCAGUUUCCUGACUUGAUGCCUCACUGUCACACACGAUCAUCUUCAAGUGGAGAGCCAUCCUUGCGCUCUCUCGGUUCGGCGAAAAAGCUCCUGGAGGACUUUUGUCUCACCAUCCCGAAACAAUACAUUAUCGUCGACGGUCUAGACGAAUGCGAAGGUCCCGAAAGAAAGCAGAUUCUGGAAUUCUUCGUCCAAUUGGUGACCCAAUGCGAUUCCGAGGAUCCUGGGAGACUACGGAUUCUGUUUGUCAGCCAAGACUAUGCUGAUAUAAAAAAGGCACUUCACCGUUCGUUAAACUCCAAAGUCGUCCCAAAGAUUAUAAGCCUAACUUCAACGGAUAACGAAAGGGAUAUCCGAAUCUAUGUCAGCAAUCUUGCGAGUCAGGUUAAGGUGAAGUAUUCUCUUGAGGAAGAACUAGCUCAUUAUAUCCGAGAACUUACUAUUUCCCGAGCACAUGGUAUGUUUCUAUAUGCAGAACUGGUCAUGUCCAACCUUCUCAAGCAGCCUACAAAGCUGGAGUUCCUUGAUGAGACUCAAUUGGAGAGAUUUCCUAAUGGACUUGAAGAAGCCUACGAGCGGAUUGUGAGCCGCAUCAAGCGAACAUCCAGCGAAGCCGAAUGGAAUGUGGCUAAGAAACUUCUUGGUUGGAUGGUCUGCGCAAAGCGCCAGUUGACGUGGAAAGAAAUUCAAGUGGCUUUGUCCAUAGACUUUGAUGCUCAAACAAUUGAGUACGACGAUCGGAGAUUGCGAGUCCACAUUCACGAUAUAUGCGGCUCUCUUGUGCAGCGCACCGGAGAUCGAGUUCAUUUGGUGCAUAGCACAGCGAAGCUAUAUAUUACUCAGUGUACGAGAGAAAUUCAUGAGCCGUCCGUGGAAUGCGAGCUCGCCGCUCUGUGCCUUCAAUAUCUCACUUUUCCGUGCUUCCAGGACGACCAAGGCAUAGACAACUUCACCCUCCACCAGGCCAUCCUGCAAGGGCACCUCGCAUUCCAAGACUAUGCCGUAGCCAAAUGGUUCCACCACGUCAAUGCCUUCAUUCACAGUGGAAAUGAUUUGCUCACCAAAGGUAAUGAUGUUCCUACGCGACUUUCGGAAAUUGCCGUUGCUCUCGAGGACUUCACCAUGAGAUAUGAUGAGGAAGCCUGGCACGACAAUAUACUUCCGCAAUGUGAAGAAAAGUGCAAAGUCUUUCAGCGCGAGAUAUUUUUUAAUACCUUAGCCGCAGUAGCAAGCCAUAUUUUCAAAUUCCAAGAAAAGGGAUUUAAGGCCAGACAUGUUGUCAGCAUCCAAAGUCUGAGCAAAGCCCUUGAACGCAAUCGAGAAAUUCUGGAAGGGCUCCCUCCUAAGCUUUCCGCUUCUGAACUCGCAAUCUUCCGCCAGUUCUACGACGAUGAGAAGAUCUUCAAGUGUCCGAAAGUAACUUGUAGAUAUUUCUCAGAAGGGUUUAAAGACUUAGAGUCUCGCAAAAGGCAUGUUAAUGUUCAUGACAGACCCUUCCAAUGUACCGCAAGCCAGUGUUUUGCGACCGAAUGCGGGUUCUCUAACAAAAAUGAUCUUGAUAAACAUAGGCUGGCAUUCCACCCUGAAAUGAGCGAACUUGCAAAUAGGUUCAAGUCUUUGAUUCCUUCGACCGCAAAAAAGACCCGGCAUUGCCAUAUAUGUGGUAAAAUGUUUACUCGCAGCCUUCACCUUAGGGAUCAUAUUAGAAGUCAUCUGGGAGAACGACCACAUGCGUGCUCAGAAUGCGGGAAAGCCUUCACUCGAAAAAACGAUUGCACCAGGCAUGAAAAAUUACAUGAUCGGCGAUGAAUUUUCACGAGAACCAUUGGACCUGACUACGAGUCAGACGCUUUUGAGGGCUUUAGUUUGAUCAUGAAAUUGCUGCAAAGCUCGGUCUUCGAUAAUAUUCUAUGAAGUACUCUGCUGCAGUAGUGUAGAGGGCUAGGGUCCAAUUCGAAUUAGGUCUGUCGCAAUGUUAUUUUCGCGGUCUUGUAGUUCCGCAACACAUGCUAAAAACAACUCUCAUGAAUUGUCUUCUAUCUAAGACAAAGAAUUGCAGUG